CCUUGUCCUUGGCAUCCUCGCCGUUCAGGAUAAACACAUGGCUAAGCUGAGUAAAGAGACCAAACAGCGGCUGCAGCAGCUUUUCCAGUGCGGCCAGUUUGUCAUCCGAUGGGGUUUUAUCCCAACCGUGCUGUACCUCGGUUUCAAACGUGGAGCAGAUCCCGGAAUGCCUGAACCCACAGUCUUAAGUUUGCUAUGGGGCUGAGAAACAUCCCCUCCCUCUCUUGGAGACCAUGUGACCCACCCGUCUGUUGGAAUUCUGGGAAAUGGACAUUAUUUUUCACUUUCCUCUCCACCAAUCAUACUGUCCAGCAUCUGAGGAGUAAAGAUCGAAUGUGAUCUGUGGCCAUGUUGUGUAUGGUUGUGUUAUACAGUUAAAUUAUGAAGAGUGUUGGCAACAGAGAUGGAAGAUGCUUGGAUUAACAAACAGGAAUCAAGACUGUAUCCCUGAAAAUACGUUGUACUGACCAUCAGUUAGUGUUUUGUUUAUGAAUAUGAGACACAGAUGUUUGGGUAUAUCAUUUGUUCCAUGUUUUUCCUCUUUUUAUUUGUAAUUUAAAAUUUCUGAAAAUAAAUCCUCAACAAAAUGUCA